AUGGCGCCACCCGGAGCGCCACCCCCGGCGACAAAGUACUUCUGGGGCGACUCCCCGGAGCCUGACGAGCACUACGCCUCGCUGGGGCUGCGCCACACCGAGUCCUACUACCAGUCCCCCUGCGGCCGCCUCUUCACACACUCCUUCCACCCGCUCUCCGCCGCGCACGACGGCGACGUGAAGGCCGUCGUGUUCAUGACGCACGGAUACGGCUCCGACACCUCCUGGCUCUUCCAGUACAUCGCCAUCAGCUACGCACAGUGGGGGUACGCCGUGUACUGCGCCGACCUUCUCGGCCACGGCCGCUCCGACGGCGUCCACGGCUACCUCGGCGACAUGGAGUCCGUAGCCAGGGCGUCCCUGUCCUUCUUCCUCUCCGUCCGGAAGACCACCGCCUACGCGCCGCUCCCGGCCUUCCUCCUCGGCGAGUCCAUGGGCGGCGCCGCUACCCUGCUCAUGUACCUCCGCUCCCCGCCGGACGCCGGGUGGACGGGGAUCAUCUUCUCCGGGCCGCUGUUCCUCAUUCCGGAGAAGAUGUACCCGUCCCGCCUGCGGCUGUUCCUCUACGGCCUCCUCCUCGGGUUCGCCGACACCUGGGCCGUGCUCCCGGACAAGAGGAUGGUGGUCAAGGCGAUCCGGGACCCGGAGAAGCUCAAGGUCAUCGCGUCCAACCCGAGGCGGUAUUGCGGCGCGCCGCGGGUGGGCACCAUGCGGGAGCUGGCCCGCAUCACGGAACUGCUCCAGGAGAGCUUCGGGGAGGUGACGGUGCCGUUCCUGGCGCUGCACGGCACCGACGACGGGGUCGCCGCGCCGGAGGGGUCCAAGAUGCUGUACGAGCGCGCGUCGAGCGAGGACAAGUCGCUCAUCCUGUACGAAGGGAUGUACCACUCGCUCAUCCAGGGGGAGCCUGACGAGAGCCGGGACCGCGUGCUCGCCGACAUGCGCGCCUGGAUCGACGAGCGCGUCCGCCGCUACGGCAGCGCCGCCGUCCCCGCACCGGCCUAG